AUGGAGGCAGGCGCUUCUUUCGCCCUGACGCCACAGCCGAUCUUGUCGUCUGCGUAUUCUGGGGACCUGCCUAAUCACCUUUCCCCUCCUCGUGCUCUUCCUGUUGAUGACACACAGCCGGACAAAAAGAGGUCACAGAUAGGCGUCCCGUCUCCGACCUGCAUUGGAGGCAGCACUCUAGACUUCCCGUCUCUCCAAAUUGCUACAGAGUCUACUUGCUCGCCGACUGUUUCCACCCCCGAGUCAACCGCAGAGAGCGAGUGUCCUCCAACGCCUUGUGGUGACUUUGGAGAGCGAACCACUGUGGUUUCGCAAGAGUCCGUUGUCACGCCUGCCGACAGCGUUGAACCAAGCUCAGUUGCAGCCUCCGGACAGAGAACUCGCCACGCUCUUCCUCCUCACCUAGGCGUUGCAUCAUCAUCAACGCCGCCUGCCACUCAGCCGUCUUGUCACGCUGACGAACGACAAGUUGACGUGGCCGUCGUUGGCGCUGGGCUCGCCGGCUUGACGGCGGCGCUCGCAGUGCACAGGAAAACAGGGAGGGUAGUUCAUAUUUACGAGAAGGAAGACGCUGAAUAUUGGGGUUCACCGUCUUUUGCAACCCAUCGGACUUCGCCUACAUCUCGAGGAAAUGGGGCACUUCGGGACGAAUACGAAGCUCGAGAGAUACUGCUGCGAACAAAUGGCUUGGACGCCUUGAGGUGCAUAGAUGAACAACUUGCUUGUGAUGUGCUGGAAUGCGGACAUAUAGUGUAUUCCGACUGUCUUGAUGUCUUCGAUUUUGAUGUGAAGGCAACCGCGUCUACGCUAGUAUUCGGAAUCUACUGGGCAGAUCUACAGCAGAUCCUCUACAGACAUUGCCAGCAAUACCCAGAGGGGAUUGUGUUUUGCUUCAAAAAACUUCUCAAAUGUGCACUGCCGAACAACACCCAUACGUCACCUUCCUCCGCAGAAGCGGACCCCACAGUGAACGCUUCGCUCUCCUCUUCCUCUUUCUCGCCUCCUUCAACUGUCUCGACUGCAUCUUCCACCGGCUCAACACCAACUGCGUCCUCCCCAGAUUUCGUGAUCUUCCCCCGCGGCGCCAGUGAACAUGGAGAGGUCGAGGCAAAAGACUGCUCCGGAAAAGAAGGCGCGAGGACCACAGAGGAUUCAUCGCAACUUUCCCCUACCGACAUCAAUAAGAGUAGUAAUAAGAAGCGAGGCCACCAGCUGAGCCACGGAGGCUCUUACAAUAAGAAAGGAGGAGUAGUACUCUGUUUCCAGGAUGGCGUUCAUGUCGCUGCGAAACUUGUGAUCGGCGCCGACGGCUCUUGUUCCUCUGCAAGAACGGACUUCGGCGACAUCUUUCGUGGCUGCGGAAAUGACAGUCCAGAUCGGACUACUGGCAACGCCACGCGGCAAACGCCUUCGCAUGACCCAACGCGGAUUCAGUACCAAGGACUCGUUGAAGUCGGCUCCGACGUGCAGGACUUGACUCGGAAUAUAUGGCUCUUCCACAAGGAGACCGCCUCACACAUUUCCGUCAUCAAAGCCCUGGGGCCGAACAUUUUAACAUGGUCCAUAACACAACAGGCGCACGAGACCACGGAGGGGCUAGAGACUGGUCACGAGGAAGAGGCGAAGCAACGCGCGCUGGCUAUUGUUGCCCGAGUUAUGGAAGGCGCUGCAGGAAAGACGAAGGACGUCGCAGAGCUGCUUCUUCGACUGGUGGAGAGGACCUCGUAUGAGGACAUCCAAGUCCUGAAGCUGAACCCUCCUCCGAGUUCGACUGGACGCUGGACACGGCUUGACGAUCAGCUUGUCCUCGUUGGCAAUGCCGCGCACCCAAUCGCUUCAAACAUCGGGCAAAGCCACGACCUGACAAUCGAGGACGCGGUUCAACUUGCUUACUGUUUGACGGACUGGGAACACGACGACAGCCUCGCUGCCCAGCGUUUCGCACGAAUUAGGAAACAAUCAUUAGUACACGUUCUCAAGCUAAGCGAAGCCGUCCAUGCCAACAUGUGGCUCAACAAUGUGGACCACUGCGACGAGGAUGUGCACGAAAUGGAGACCGAGACUCCCUCUGACUCCUCUCUUUUCACGCGGGCAAACUUCGUUCCUGUCCGCAGUAUCCUGUGGGCGCCGGAUAGCCAGGAGCUGAUGGAAAAUGCUGAACUUGAGACUGAGUACAUGUAA